CGUACUGUGGGGACACCGCAUGAAAACAUGUGGAGAGAGACGGAGUUCGGAAGGGUAAUAUCACCAGUACAUUUCUGAAGCUGUCUACAGUACUUCCAAUGGACUGUCAGAAGAAAAGGACAGUGUCUGUAUACACUGAUGUUGAUAAAGAAUUGUUUUUGCAGGACAUAUACCCUUUGAGGAGGCCGGCCGUGUUGAAAGGUGUGCAGCUGGGGGGCUGCACUGAGAAGUGGAGUGUGGAUUAUCUGGCCACGAAAGGGGCGGACCACGAUGUCAAAAUCCACGUGUCCUCUGUCCCUCAGAUGGACUUCCUCCGCAAGAAUUUCCUGUACAGAUCCCUACCCUUUGACGUGUUUGUGAAGAGAGCAGCUGAGGCGAAACAUGCUGAAUAUUUUAUUUCUGAGAAGGAGAGCUAUUACCUGCGCUCGCUGGGAGAGGACCCCAGGAAGGACAACGCUGAUAUCAGGAAGCAGUUCCCGAGCUUGGCGGAGGACUUUCUUUUGCCAGAAUUCUUCGAGAAGGAGCAGUUCUUCUCCAGCGUGUUCCGAAUCAGCUCUCCCGGCCUCCAGCUCUGGACUCAUUACGAUGUGAUGGAUAACCUGCUGGUUCAGGUGACUGGGAGGAAGCGUGUUGUGCUGUACAGCCCUCGAGACGCCCCUUACCUGUAUCUGUCAGGUGAUAAAUCUGAGGUGCUGGACGUUGACCACCCAGACCUGAACAGGUACCCCGAGUUUGUGAAGGCCAGACGCUACGAGUGCUGCCUGGAGCCCGGAGACAUCCUCUUCAUCCCAGCACUGUGGUUUCACAACACCCUGGCCCUGCAGUUUGGCGUGGGGGUCAACAUCUUCUGGAGGCACCUCCCCCCGGCGUGCUACGACAGGACUGACACCUACGGAAACAAGGACCCCAUGGCGGCAGCGCGGGCCAUGCAGGUACUGGAGCGAGCGCUGAGGACCUUGGAGGAGCUGCCCGAGGAGUACAGAGACUUCUACGCCAGAAGGAUGGUGCUGAAGAUACAGAGCAAAGCCUACAGCACCCUGCUAGAGGAGAGAGACAUGGGGGAGGCUGGGGAGACUGAGGGGGGAGAGGGGAGGGCUGGGGGAAACAGAGAGACUGGAGGAGACUGAGAGGGGAGAAAGAGGAGCUGGAGGAGACGGAGAGGGGAGAGAGACUGGAGGACACAGAGGAAAGAGACAGGAGCUGGGGGAGGCUGAGG